AUUACAGGACCUAGUCCUUGGGGUCCAAAACCAGUCUGGUCCUAAGCUUUAGUCCUUUCUGGUUCUAGGCUCUUAGCUUCCAUCAUCGCCACUCCACGACCAUUCCUCUCCUUGCGUCCGUAGGCUGUGUCACACUUCUCUAUGGCCGACGUUCCAGCGUGCUGGCUUACAGGCGUCGAUGGUCACCGUUCCCUACCAUGCCGUUGGUCAUUGUAACCAGCCGAAGUAGUACGUCAGCCAAAAACUUCUGCUAGUAGCCAAAACGCUAGAGAAGAUUCCUACUGAUAGCGCAGCGGGCUUGAGCUUGAGCUUAGGAGGUUAUAGUUUCCGUUCCCCUACAGAAAAGCAGGAGUGCUUCCGUUCGCCGGUUUACCAGCACUCCCCGCAUCUCGCUCGUCAGCGUCUGCGUCACCGCGGAGUCAGCUACUAUCGCUUACUGUCGCAUACUAUCGCAUCGUCUCGCACGUCUUUCCGCUCUGAAGCUAGUAACCCGUUUCGCACGUUUCUUUCGCACGGAAGGUGGUAACUCUUUUUCGAGGCUCGUCGAUUCGCACGAAACCCGGUAACACAUGCACGGGGAGCUCGAGGCCUCGCCGGCCGUGGUCGAGCCGCAUUUCAAGCUGGGUGACACCAAGUCCCGUUUCGAGCCGCCGCAGAUCUCGCCGCAAAUCCCGCCGCAGAUCUCGCCGCAAAUCCCGCCGCAGAUCUCGCCGCGUUUCAAGCUGGGGGACGCUAUCUCUCCCCCCACCAGAGCCCCCCGCGACCUGCAAUUGCGGGUGGCGGGGGACGCCUCCCCCUGCAAAGCCCCGCGCGGGGAUCCCCACGCGCGAGUUUCCCCAGAAACUUCCCCCUCCCCCUCCAAAGCCCCGCGCGGGGACCUUCACGUGCGGGUGACGGGGGACGACUCCCCCUCGCGCCUCUGGUUCCGCCGAACUUCGGGGGAGGAGGAAGCACGUGCGCUCGCGCAGUUGCUCUCCCUACAGCAGCACCAGCAGCAGCAGCAGCAGCAGAACCAAGUACCGCGUCAACCGGGACAGUCCGUUCAGACAAGCCAGUCAGUUCCGUCCUCGGGAACAACAGCAGCAGCAGCAGCAGCAGCAGGAGGAGCAGCAGCAGCAGGAUCGACGAUGGGGAUCUAUCCGCGGUGUCGAACGAGCGACGGCUUUCCAAUCGGCAGCCCGUCGCUCUGCUCCCCGCGCUUGCCGCCGCGAUCUCCGCGGACGCCGGAUCUGUCGCAGUCGCCGGCCGGGUCUUCCCACAGCUCACCGCAUCGCACGCGGCCCGGGUACUCGGCGAGCGGCGCGCACGUGCCGAGUCGCGAGCUGGCGCGGCGGUCGCAGCAGUGGGCGAAUCUGCGGUGCGAGGCGAAGGUUCUGUCGAGCGCGUUAGAGGAGUUGGUCGCGUCUACAGUGAACGACUGGAGUGUAGAAAGCGUGGAGGGUGUAGCAGGCAGGAGCGGUAACAUCGCCAGCAGCAGCAGUAACCGUAACAGUAACAGUAACAGUAACGGUAGCGGUAACGGUAAAGGUAACGGUGGCGGUAACAGGGACAGCGAUAGUAACAACGCGAGGCGCGACAGCCCUGACGAAACUCCGCCGGAGCUUUCGCCUAAGGAGGAGGAGGAGGGUCUUGGUGAGCAGCGGAGAGUAGAAUAGAGGAAUGGUGGGGAGGAGCUUCUACGGGUGUGGACAGGUAGCACUGUAGCUUCGUUUUAAUCACAUCACCAACCGUGCAUGUCGUACUUUGACGGUUGGGCGCUUGACUUUCGAAUCCUCGUUAUAUUAACAUGUGGGCUGGCAGCAGCGGUGCGGAAAUAGCGCAGAUAAGAAGGAAGAUGAUUGGCUGACAUUUAGUGGCUGAUGUGUCACCGGGUGAGACGGUGAGACUUGAGCGUGCAGGGAGGCGAUGGGCGACGAAGGGCCAAGGCGAGCCGAACUGGGGGAUUUUGCUCCCUGGUGAUUCGUGGAAGGUCGCAUUAGGUUUUCGGAGGAGCGGUGUUGUGUGUGGUAGGGAGGGAGGGAGGAGAGUUGUUGUGGCUCUUCUGACGACGUUUUGUAAGUCAAUUCGGGAAUUGGGAGCCAUGAUGCUAAAAAAUGACAUCCACAGCAUGCUUCUAGAGCUUCUCUUUUCUCCUUUUGCUUCUCAUUUCGGCAUCCCUUAUUCCUGCUGCUCGGUCCUGAUCGAUCGGAGGUUUGCUGUUUAUAGUCGUGCCUCCAUGUGCAGCAUUUUCCCUUUGACUCGAUUAACUGCAAUAAAGUUUAUGUAGCCCG